GCACUGUUGGUCAUUACUUUCCUCCAUGUUCUCACUGAGAACAAGAACUGUCGAUCAGACACGGACAAGCAUACUUCACCAUUCGAUCAAAUCAGUCUCAUACCGCACUCUUCGUCCAAACAGACCUGGAAACAAAAGCCGCCAUGGAUUGCCUCGUAAAGCCUCUCCAAAACCUCGCACGCCUAUUCCUUUUGUUACCCAUCUCAAGGAAGUUGAUGACCGACAUGAUGCACUAACCAUCUUCCAUGAAUAUCAACAAAAGGGAUUCAAACACGACUAUCCCUCCUAUUCUGCUCUCAUUUACAAACUUGCUCGUUCUCAAGAUUUCGAAGCAGUUGAGACUCUUCUCGAUUACAUCCGAGACAACAAUAUACGGUGCCAAGAGACCCUCUUUAUCGCUCUAAUCCAACAUUACGGAAAAUCCAAUUUAUCCCAGAGGGCCAUCGACCUCUUCCAUAGAAUCCCCUCUUUCAAUUGCACUCGUACAUUACAGUCCUUCAAUUUCCUCCUCAACGUCCUGGUCGAAAACGGUCGGAUCGCUGAUGCAAAAGAGAUCUUUAACCGCUCAUCCAAGAUGGGUUUUCGGAAGAAUUCUGUUUCCUUCAACAUUAUCAUCAAAGCUUGGCUUGAGAAAGGCGAGUGGGAACAAGCGUGCCAACUGUUUGAAGAUAUGCUCGAGAGGGAAGUCCAACCUACUGUAGUGACUUAUAAUAGCUUAAUUGGGUUUCUGUGUAAAACGGGUGAUAUGGAGAAGGCCAAGAGUUUGCUGGAAGACAUGUCCCGGAAAGGGAAACACCCAAAUGCGGUCACCUACGCUUUGGUGAUGGAGGGUUUAUGCUCUAUGGGGAAAUAUGACGCCGCAAGAAAGAUGAUGUUUGAUAUGGAGUACCGAGGGUGCAAACCACGCCUAGUGAAUUUUGGGGUUUUGAUGACGGAUCUCGGAAAGAGAGGGAAGAUUGAGGAUGCAAAAGCCUUACUCAAUGAGAUGAAGAAGAGGCGGUUUAAGCCAGAUGUGGUAACGUACAAUAUCUUAAUAAAUUACUUGUGUAAGGAAGGAAGGGCGGCAGAGGCUUACAAAACCAUGGUUGAAAUGCAGAUCGAAGGUUGCGAACCUAACUCUGCGACGUAUAGGAUGAUGGUUGAUGGGUUUUGCAAGGUUGGAGAAUUCGACAGAGCUUUGAGGGUUUUGAAUGCAAUGUUCACUGAUAGGCACUGCCCGCGCUUAGAGACAUUUUGGUGUUUGGUUAUUGGACUCUGUGAGGGUGGGAGGUUGAGUGAUGCUUCCUUUGUUUUGGAGGAGAUGGAGAAGAGGAAGAUGAGGUUCCAUUCAAAUGCUUGGGAAACUUUAGUUAAGAGUUCUUGUGGUUCAGAUGGAGGUGCAACUGAGCUCCUAAAAGAGCUGCUCUGUAUGGCUUCAUAGGCUUUGGGUAG